AUGGCAGAACAACUCUUGUCCACGGAAAUCGUGAACCCUAGAGUUGAACCAUCUGGUCCGGACACUGGUUCCAUAAGUACUAUUUUAGUCAGGAUCCAGCGUCAGUUACCAGACUUCCUCCGGUCACUAAAUCUUAAGUAUGUUAAACUUGGUUAUCAUUACCUUACUAGUCACAAAAUCUAUUUAGCGACUGUACUCUCGGUAGUUGUGCUGGUAUUUGGUAUGGAGUAUGGAAGGUUAAACAAGGAAGAACUUUGGGUGAAGAUUAGGGAAACCACUAGUAGUGGCCGUUACGACCUUGUCGCGCUACCUGCUCUUUUUGUUGUUUUAAUUUUAAAUCUUACAAUUCAAUUAUUGUCUCCCCCUCGACCAAUUUAUUUGAUCGAUUUUGCCUGCUUCAAACCCGAUGAUGAUCUUAAGGUGACUAAGGAGGAAUUUAUUGAGCUAGCAAGAAAGUCAGGGAAAUUUGAUGAAGCAAGCCUUGAAUUCCAAAAGAAGAUAGUUGGAUCAUCCGGUAUUGGAGACGAAACCUACGUCCCAAAAUCAAUCAUGUCACAAGAAAACAUAUCCACAAUGAAAGAAGGGAGAGCAGAGGCUUCAAUGGUGAUAUUUGGAGCACUAGACGAGCUAUUCGAGAAGACCAAAAUGUUACCCAAGGAUGUAGGAAUACUUGUCGUAAACUGCAGCAUUUUUAACCCAACCCCAUCGUUGUCCGCAAUGAUCAUAAACCAUUACAAAAUGAGGGGAAACAUUUUGAGCUUUAACUUGGGUGGGAUGGGGUGUAGUGCGGGGAUUAUUGCGGUAGAUUUGGCUAGAGACAUGCUUGAGGCAAACCCAAAUAAUGUGGCGGUGGUAGUGAGUACGGAAAUGGUGGGGUAUAAUUGGUACCCUGGUCGAAACAGAUCCAUGCUCAUUCCUAAUUGUUUUUUUAGAAUGGGUUGCUCGGCUGUCCUGAUGUCUAAUAGACGUCGUGACAAUUACCGAGCUAAGUACAAGCUUGAAUACAUUGUUAGAACACAUAAAGGUGCUAAUGAUUCGAGCUUUAGAAGUGUGUAUCAAGAAGAAGAUGAACUAGGAUUCAAAGGGUUGAAUAUAAGCAAAGAUUUAGUUGAGAUCGUUAGUGAUGCCAUUAAGACCAAUAUCACCAUAUUGAGUCCCUUAGUCCUGCCUAUUUCGGAGCAAGUUUACUUCUUCUCCACCCUUAUUAAGAGGUACUUUUCAGACACCAAGAAAACCGAAGGUCGGAGGCCACCUUCGUCCUCCGCAGAUAAGCCCGACAUUUUGGACUAUGAGCUAGCAUUCGAACAUUUCUGCAUUCACGUAGCUAGCAAGAUGGCGCUAAAAGAGCUACAACUCAACUUGGGUCUCAGCGACACGAACAUAGAACCAUCUAUAGCGACCCUCCACCGAUUUGGAAAUACUUCCUCUAGUAGCAUUUGGUACGAGCUAGCGUACCUUGAGGCAAAGGGGCGAGUUAAAUGUGGAGACCGAAUCUGGCAACUAGCAUUUGGAUCAGGUUUCAAAUGUAACAGUGCUGUUUGGAAGUCUGUCCGCGACAUAGAACCUCCGAUAGGCAACAACCCUUGGCUUAAUUGCAUUGAUAGGUAUCCAUUGGUGACUCUUUCUUAGCCUACUAAUUGAGCUCGAUUAAGCUAUCAACUUUUCAUUGCAAUACUACUUGAUAGCUCCUUGGCAAUAAAACAAUAAUGGCAAUUAUUAAAAACUGUGAUGUAUUAAAUAUGUGAUGUGAGGUAUUGAUUAUGGAUUUUCCAGAAAUAUAAUAUGUAAUUUGUUUGAUCCACUAUAUCGUGGUCUAUAUAAAUGUAGAUUGU